AUGCCAGACGAGACAGCGCCGGCCGCCGAGGAGCGCGAGUUCCUGCGCUGGUUCGCCGAGCGCGGCGCCGUUCUCUCGCCGAGCGUCGCGCUGGCCAGCUUCGCCGGCAUGGGCCGCGGCAUGCAGGCGCUCGAGGCGCUGCCCGAGGAUGCGCUGCUCUUUGCCGUGCCGCGCGCCAUGCUGCUCGGCACGCGCACCUCGGCCCUGCCGCGCCUCGCGCUCGCCGAGGAUGCCCGGCGCCGCGGCGACGGCAUGGACAUCGACGACGACGAGGCACAGCCGGGCACCUGGCAGCACCUGCACCGCCAGGGCUGGGCGCAGCUGCUGCUCGUGAUGCUCUGGGAGCGCUUCCGUGCCUCGGAGCGCGGCCAGGCGGCAUGCGCUGCCUUCGACGCUGGCGCCGACUGGGGCGCCUACUUUGGCAUCCUGCCCAAGCACUUUGACACGCCCAUGUUCUGGUCCGACGCCGAGCUGGCCGAGCUCAAGGGCACCGCCAUCGUCGAGAAGAUCGGCAAGGAAGAGGCGCACGAGACGUACGAGAAGGACAUCUUUCCAUACAUCCAGUCGCACGCCGCCCUCUUCCUCGGCUCGCUGGCGGCGGAGCAGCCUGACGCUGUGCCUGCGCUGCUGCAGGAGUUCUACAGCGAGCCGCUGUUCCACAUGAUGGCCUCGGCCGUCCUGUCGCGCUCCUUCCACGUGCGCAAGCCCGAGCCGGGACAGCAGCCGGGCGCAGAGGGCGCAGAGGGCAUGGUGCGGCCAGGCGACCGCGGCGUCGAGCUCGCCGCGCCGGCAGACGAGGAUGAGGAGGGCGAGAAUGGCGACGAGAGCGAGCUGCACAUCGACAGCGACAGCGACAGCGACGCCGAUGCCGACGAGGCAGAGAACAUCGACGACGUGUGCAUGGUGCCCAUGGCCGACAUGCUCAAUGCGCGCUUCGAGACGGACAAUGCGCGCGUCUUCUACCACCUCGACAAGCUCGAGAUGCGCACCACGCGCGCGAUUGAGAAGGGCGAGCAGCUCUGGAACACGUACGGCGACCCGCCGAACUGCGAUCUGGCGCGGCGCUACGGGCACGUCGAUGAGCCGAACGGCGCAGACGUUGUCGAGCUGCCGAUCCUGCGCGUCGUCGAUGCCAUCCUCGCGCUCGAGGGCGCCGCAGACCAGGCCGAGCGCCGCACCUCGCUGCUCUCGCGCGUCGAGUGGUCCGUGGCCGAGGGACUGGACGAGGUGCACGCUCUGACGUACCUCUUCGCGCCCUCGUCCGAGCCGCCUCACGCGCCUGAGCCUGCCAAGGCCUCGUCGUCCGAGCUGCGCGCCGCGGCGGCCUCGGUGGCAGAGGAGCUGCUGGUGCACACGCGCCUGCUGCUGCUCGAUGAUGCUGCGUACGAGAAGGUGCAGGCGAAGGGCAAGCUGCCGAAUGCGCGCAUCGAGGCGCGCGAGCCGGCGGCAGGCAAGACGCUCGGCGUGGCCGAGGUGCUGCUCAAGGCCAUCGACCUGCGUCUGGCCGAGUAUCCGACGAGCGAGCAGGAGGACUCUGCUCGGCUAUACGGCGCGGCUGGGCAACAGGCCGAGCAGGGCAUGUCGGCGAACCUUCGCGCGGCGCUCGUGGUGCGGCUGGGCGAGAAGCGCAUUCUAAUAGACAACGCACGCGUCCUCACGGCAGCGCACGAGGCUUCUCUCAAAAUCGCCGCUGCGCCGGCGAAGGGCUCGAAGCGCAAGGGAGCAGAGACGGCCGGGGCCUCAAAGAAGGCGCGGAAGUAGGGAGCAUGCCACACACACACUGUACUUUAGACACUAGACAGUCGCAACGACUUGAUUCCUGUUGGCCCCGCAACGCAUCAUG